GCUGUUUCGUUGGUGUUGAAAAGCCGUUGCCGUUCUUCAUAGUGCCACUGAAGUGAGUCAUCUCUAGGAAGUGUGGCGAAAAGGAAAAGAAAAAAAGUUAGAACUGUUCCGUGAACAGCAGAGUGCGCCGAUAGAGUGUGUAGUAGGCAAGGCGACGGAAAAUAUUCAGAAGAUUACCCAGGCAAUAGGCUUGAAAGCGAAUGUUAACCUGCGUGAGUCAUUCUGUAGGCUAUCUACAGGUUCACUUGUCUCAACUGGAUUUGACUGCUGAGGUUGCGCUACUGACUUUAGGUUGAAGUUUGCGCACCUGAGAUGAUCUACAAUAGUGUAGUAUAGGUCUACCUGCGGCGCAAGAAUAAUAAAAGCAGAAUAAGAAAUAACCUUUAAAAGCAGGAAGCACACAAGAACCGAUUUAUUCUAUCUGGCAAUAUCUGUAAGAUGUUUUAGGUUAGUUUAGAGGAGCGUACUUGCACUUAGUCUGUGCCAACUCUUCUCUGGAUAUCCCAAAUUAACAACGUCUCAAGUCAGAGGAGGAUUCUUUUUGUUGGUGCCUUUUUACUGCGAGGAUUAAAAAAAAAAAAAGGGGGGGGUUCAGACCUCAAACAGUCUACUGAAAUCUUCCCUGUUUCCUGGACCAUGUACCAGGACUACUCCGGGAACUACGACACCUCGUCCCGCGGCAGCAGCACCUCUCCGGCCCAGCCAGAGUCCUUCACAAGCGGCAGCAGCACGAUCGGAAGUCCGAUCUCUACCUCAAGCUACCAGAAGUACAGGGUUGACAUGCCCGGCUCCAACAGUGCCUUCAUCCCCACCAUCAAUGCAAUCACGACCAGCCAAGACCUACAGUGGAUGGUGCAGCCCACCGUCAUCACCUCCAUGUCCAACCCUUACUCCCGUUCCCAUCCGUAUGGCCAUCACCUGCCCAACGGUUCUGGGAUGUUGGGGCACAACACGCUGGCUCGGCCCGGGGUCAUCCGCUCCAUCGGGGACGCAAGGGGCCGCCGCAAGAGAGAUGAACAGCUCACCCCGGAGGAAGAGGAGAAAAGGAGGGUGAGGCGUGAGAGAAAUAAGUUAGCCGCCGCCAAAUGCCGCAAUCGCAGGCGAGAGCUCACCGACAUGCUGCAAGGGGAGACUGAAAAGCUGGAAGAGGAGAAAGCAGAUUUGCAGAAGGAGAUCGAGAGCCUGCAAAAGGAGAAAGACAAGCUGGAAUUCAUGCUGGUUGCCCACAAUCCUGUGUGCAAGCUCCCCAUCGACGAGCGCCACCAGUCAUCAGGGCACCAGCAGCACCACCAGCAGCAGCAGCAGCAGCAGCAGCAGCAGUGCGCCCCUCUCUCCCUGACCAUGCGCUCCAACAUGGGGACCCGGGCUCAGAUGAACCACGUGGUAGUGAAGCAAGAGCCGGAGGACAACGAGGAUGUGGGCAAGCCCCAGCGCUCCGUCAUCAAGCCCAUCUGCCUGGGUGGCGGCGUUGUCAGUGGAGGGAUGUACUGCACAGAUGGAGACAGCCUGAACACACCGGUGGUGGGGGCAUCCACCCCAGCUGCCACACCCAACGCGCCAAGCCUCAUAUUCACCUACCCAAGCAUGCUGGAGCCCGAGAGCCCCUCGCCCUCAUCCGAGUCCUGUUCCAAGGCCCACCGGCGCAGCAGCAGCAGCGGGGACCAGUCCUCAGACUCCCUCAACUCGCCCACCCUCCUGGCCCUCUGAGUGAGGGAUCUGCUCGGCGCAGCUGAGGAACAAACACUGUGGCUGACGGCAAGCAUGAGGAUCAACUGCGCGGCCCCUGUCCAGUGUCUUUGAAAGAUCCCAAGAGCACAUUCAAAAGUCCAGACCAAGCUGACCAUGUGAGCCGUUUCCCCCUCCACAGGGAGACCCAAAAGGGCUACGCCGCAUUUUUCUUCUUGUUCUCCUUCAGUGUAAAAAAUAAUUAUCUGUAAGAGUGUGUGUGCACCAAUCCUAAAAAGUGUCAUCCCUUCACCAUUUCAACUCCUGGUUCAACUCCCGAGUGUCAACUUGUUUACUGGGAAGACAAUUCUGAAGAAAAACAUGUCAAAAUCUGGCAGUUGUGAGUUGAUGAGACUACAACUAGAGAGCGUGUUCUUAAUAUAUUUUUUUGAAAAUGUUUAAAAAGCCAUGUGGCCGACACUUGCACUCCGCUACGACCAAUCAAUAAAUCACUAAACGAGGUCAGCUUUCUACUGGAUUUUCUGAGGAGAGAAAGAGACAAUGAGCAAAGACUUUCUCACAUCUCUUUUUCCAUUUAGAUUUGUCCUUUCCUAACUUGGACCUUGAUUCAGGAAUCGCUUAUAAGAGUGUGUACACAUUUCUGAUGCUAUUUCCAUCUCUUUAAUUGCGUUCAUGGCCUGUGCUGAUUCGAUUUUACAGCCUUUUUUUGAGACUAUGUCCUCUCCUUAUACUGCCUGUAGAAAAGCAAAAUGGUCAUCCACAUGGUGACCAAAGCACUGCUCAGUGUUGCAAAGGAUACGAGCCAACUUUUAAUCAAUGACUAGUUCGUCAAUACUCUAUACCUUCUAUUUUGCCAUAGUGGCUUGACUUUACAGUAGUAUUGGUGUGCUUUUCCUCAGUGAUUCUGUACCUGAUCUUACAACCUGUUUAUGACAAAGUGUAUGUGAUUUACAUUGAUGUCAGGGAUAUCUCUCGUGUAGUAGAACCCCAUCGUGAAGAGCGUUGCACGACUGCAGGCUGUUGUAUAGUCUAGUGUUGCAGAGGUGGUAGAAUAUGUGGAGGGAUGAUAAACUUCAUCGCUUUUUUAUUGUGUCACAUCAAUAAAGGUUUUAUGUUUUUGCUCAAGCAACAUUUGAACAAACCCCUCCUCCACUGGAUUCUGACCUUUCUGCAUUUCUUACAUUCUCUAAAUAAAGGUCUUACCUUUUUUUCAACACUGCAGGUCAGGUUUCAAAAAGCCAAAAAAGGUUUGUUUGACACAUGCAAUCCUGUAAUUUGUCCGUCUUUGUCUAAAAGGAGGGAUUUUGCUCAAAUUUGAAAAAAGCCACUGUGGUCUAGACUGUCGCCAGCUGCCAAUGAUGUCAACCCUGUUUAUACUGUGUUUGUAAAUCUGUCACUUUUAGUAAAGAAAUUAUGUUUAAAUUCAAGUCAGAUGUGCUGAUUUACGGGUGUAUAAACAUAUGCCAACAUCGAGGUACUCUGUAGAAACUUAGUCGAAGCCGUGCUGGCUUUAAACAAGGGCCAGACACAGUUCACUUUUUGACAAUAAGGAAGGGAUAAGAAGACUCUUUUUUUUUUACAGCUGGCCUGAGAUGAAAGAGGGGACACCUU